CGGGCUGCCGCAGGCCUUAAUGCCUUGCUUCACCACCUGAUAUCGCGGGGAGCCGUUUCCCUUGUGAAGGUUGACGGUCCGAGCCAAGGAGACGUCACUUCCGGGGCAUAUGAGUCUUGACUGCCUGAGGACAUGAACCCGUGCAGGCCUGAAGCUCUGAGACUCUUCAAGCUGUGUGUGCUGAGGAUGUGCUCUUGCCCAGUGUGCCCAGCGGAGCCUCCAGCUUUCCCACAGACACCUCGCCCUCCCCUGACUCUCUAGCCCAGAGCCAGGAACUAAUGUCAUUAAGCAGACUGGAAGGCAGCAGGCUCAGGGGUCAGCUGCUGGGACUGCCUGCAGCCUCCUGCCAAGAAAGGCCAGGCAGGCGUGCCAGAAAGGCGUGUUACUCCUGGGUGAGGGCUCAGAAGUCCAGGGUGUAAGGGGGCAGGCAGGAGGCCUCUGAUAGGAAUUGUUCCCUCUGUGAAUGAUUAGCUUUCAGCCAGAGAGAGUGACCAAGAGGAGGGCCAGCUAAUAGGACCUUUGGACUUGGAGCCGAGUGUCCAGCAGCCUGUGCAUAGUCUGCCGAGGAGGAGGACAUGGAGAGGGAGCAAGACACGGCUCCAAGGACUGAAGCCACAUCUGGCAGCUGUGGGCCUCAGGAAAUCUGUAGGGACCAGCAGAUGGCCUGUCCUUGCAGCAGCAGCUGUGGGAUCCCCCAGUCCUGAGCACUUGAGGUUUGGCUCUGUGGCGGGCUCCUGUCUGUGGCCUGGCUGCAGCCUUUUUCCCCUUGGGCAGCCAUGGGUGCCGAGAGGUGCUGAGUGCAGUGGGGCAUGGCUGCAGCCUUGCAGGUCCUGCCCUGCUUGGCUCGAAUCCCUUUACGCUGGCAGUUCUGGGGGACCCCAGCGGUCCGAUUAGCCAGCAGCAUGGCUCUGGCGGACCAGGCACAACUGCUGUUUGCAAGCUCUGUGAGUGCCGUGCUGCCAGGCCCCAUGCUGCACCGGGCACUGUCCUUCGACCCUGCUGGUGGGCAGCUGAAGGUGCGGGACCGGAGCUUUCAGCUGCAGCGAAACCUCUACCUGGUGGGCUUCGGCAAGGCGGUGCUAGGCAUGGCGGCUGCAGCCGAGGAACUGCUGGGCCAGCAUCUCGUGCAGGGUGUGAUCAGCGUGCCCAAGGGGAUCCGCGCUGCCCUGGAGAACGCUGGCAAACAGGAGAUGCUGCUGAAGCCGAACAGCCGUAUCCAGGUAUUUGAAGGUGCAGAGGACAACCUGCCCGACCGUGAUGCUCUCCGGGCCGCACUGGCCAUCCGGCAACUUGCUGAAGGCCUCACAGCUGAUGACCUGCUCCUUGUGCUUAUCUCAGGCGGGGGCUCAGCUCUUUUGCCCGCACCCAUCCCACCCAUCACCCUGGAGGAGAAGCAGACACUCACCAAGCUGCUGGCAGCCCGCGGAGCCACCAUCCAGGAGCUGAACACCAUUCGGAAGGCCCUGUCCCAGCUCAAGGGCGGGGGACUGGCACAGGCCGCCUACCCUGCCCAGGUGGUGAGCCUGAUUCUGUCCGAUGUGGUAGGGGACCCUUUGGAAGUGAUCGCCAGUGGCCCCACCGUGGCCAGCGCCCACAAUGUGCAGGAUUGUCUGCACAUCCUCAACCGCUACGGGCUACGUGCUUCCCUACCACGCUCAGUGAAGACGGUGCUGGCUCAGGCUGACUCCGACCCCCGGGGCCCGCACUCCUGUGGCCAUGUCCUCAACGUGAUCAUUGGUUCCAACUCGCUGGCUCUGGCUGAGACCCAGCAGCAGGCCGAGGCCCUGGGGUACCGGGCAGUGGUGCUGACCACAGCCAUGCAGGGUGAUGUGAAGUGUGUGGCCCGGUUCUACAGGCUGCUGGCCUGCGUGGCUGGAGCCCGUCUCUCCACAGAGGCUGGGGCUGAAGCCUCCAUGGAGGAGGAAGCAGAGCUCCGUGAGCUGGGGGCUGAGCUCCAGCUGCCAGACCUGCAGCUGAAGGACGCCCUGGAGGCCGUGGCUGAGGCUCGGGGGCCCAUCUGCCUACUGGCUGGCGGCGAGCCCACGGUCCAGUUGCAGGGCUCAGGCAAGGGUGGCCGGAACCAGGAACUGGCCCUGCGGGUGGGAGCAGAGCUGGGGGGACGACCCCUGGGGCCUGUCGAUGUGCUAUUUCUGAGUGGGGGCACCGACGGGCGGGAUGGCCCCACAGAGGCUGCUGGUGCUUGGGCUACACCGGAGCUGGCCAGCCAGGCUGCUGCAGAGGGCCUAGACGUGACCUCCUUCCUGGCUCACAAUGACUCUUACACCUUCUUCUGCCGCUUCCAGGGCGGCACACACCUGCUGUGCACAGGGAUGACCGGCACCAAUGUCAUGGACACCCACAUCCUACUCCUGCGGCCACGGUGAAGCCUUAGGGGUUUCUUUCUUUGGGAGUCCAGAGGUUCAGGUCCUGGGGCAGCCAAGGGCAUCAGCCGCCUUAGAGUCCCUCCUCCACUUAGCCCUUCCACAUCCCACCCAGGGCCGCUGCUCCGUAUUCACCACUUCAGGCCGACUAGCAGGCUCAGCUCUUCCUGUCCUGCUCUCCUGGCAGGGGUGCCUCUGAGGACCUUUGCUCUUGACCGUGUUCUCCCCUGGGCAGUUGUGCUACUGAGCUUGUUUUUCCUGCAGGGUAAGACAAGGACUGAAAAUAAAAAGGGCCAUGUGCUUU